CGCGGAGUAAGUAGCGAUCCGUUUAGCGCGGGUGGACACUACAAGGCGUGUUGUUUUUAAAGAGCGCGCCGUAUGGAAACAAUUAUUGUGCGGAACACGUGAGAAAAAAAACAACCCACUCGGCUGACAUAAUAGCAACAGUGGCCAGUGAUCCGCCAGUGAGAACGGUGAACCAGCAACAGGGAUUGUAGCAGCAGCUCAGGCCAGUAUCGAGGAGAAAUUACACGGACUUGAAUAUGGGCUGUGUGGAAUCAAGCAACGAUGACGAUUGGGUGCCCGAUCUUUCGCCGCAAGAGGAAAAAGAGAUAUUAGCUGCAUUUCGGAUGAUUGAUACGGAUAAUAGCGGAUACAUAACGUUUGAUGAACUUAAAGUUGCCAUGAAAGACUGCACUAAAGCUGACUAUACCGAAGAACGCGUGGCGCGAAUGAUGCGAGUCGCUGACAAAAAUCGUGAUGGGCGUAUCAAUUAUUCAGAAUAUGUGAAAAUGUUAAAGGGCUAUUGACACUAUUUAUUUAAACUUGUUUUCUAGUGUCGUCUGCGCCUGGUCAUUCCAAUCACUCUGUUUUUCUACUUUAAUUUUAUUUUCCCGCAAUUUGUGGAUUGCAGACGAGAAUUUGUAUUCGUUCUUGGCAUGUUUUCGAAUCGGGGGCUAUAUAUGUAACAGCUGAAUUAAUCCAUUUCGUUUCAAGCAGAUGACAACGUAAUGAUGGAAUUUAUCACGAGCGAUUACCAUAACCGCCCGGAUCGUGCGAAAAAUGCUAUUAUGGGGCCGGAAAAUAUCUUUUUACCGGGCUGUCGUGCACUAAUUUUUUUUCGACAGUGACAAUGUCGGUUUCGUCACGAUGUUGGAUAUAAUAUUGAUGCUACGUCUCCAUGAUGAACUUUGACACGGUGUCAACGAUACACGUGCGUCGAGGUUUCACUGAUCAAUAUUCUAACAGAAUACGACAGAUGAUUUCAUCGCACGCCUUUGACACCUGCCUUCCAUCUAUAAAAAAAAAAAUACCGAUCGUCAACGUCGUGUAAACAUAACAGUGCGAAUAAGUGUCACGUGUUAAUUAAUUUUAGUUGCCGAUACAUUCUUCUUUGAUUUCCUGGGAGUUGAAGGAUACAAAAUGCUAUAUUUAGAGCCCGCCGAGAGUUUUAUGAUAAGCUUGUGUUGAGCGUAAAUACACGAGCGGCAUAUGUGUUGAUCAUUGGUGCCGAAUAUACUAUGGGUGAACCGUGCCGGGAUAUCGGGUGUGGAUUUGACGUUCAUUAACGGCGAAAAUCAACACGAUAUGUUGACAACAAGGUGAAUGCAGUGUGAGGUCGUCGUGUAUGUUUUUCUCUCUUUUUCAAUGCGUUUAUUAUUUGAAGUCUCUGUUUAUUUUAGUUAACUCGAUGCAUUCUUUUUUUAGUACGACUGUACAUUUAUCCAAUAUACUUCGUUUAUUUGUUCAUACAUAAU